GCAGAACAAGACAACGGUCACCCACUUCCGGCCUUUGCUAAUCUUCAUAUCGAUAUUCUAGAUGAAAACAAUCAGGCUCCCUACUUUACUUUUACCACAUACCAAGGCUUUAUACUAGAGUCGUCACCUGUUGGAACCACUAUAUCUGAAAAUCAGAAUUUGUCAGUUCCAUUACCAAUUAUAGCCCUGGAUAAUGACAUUGAAGAG